AUGCUAAGUAAACGAGGCCCACCAAAAGAUUACGACAUUCCAUCCACGAUUGUUAUCUAUAUCGUGGUUCUUUUGCUAGGCGUAGGCAUGUGCUUUUGCCUGAAGCGGGCAAACCGACUACUACCGAACCAACGUAGCUUCCAACUACGCCCCACAGAACCAAGACGAAGACGCGGAUACGAUGUUGGUGAUGAGGAGCAAGGCGAUCCAGAAUCACGAAUAGGCCUUUUAAGUGGUGGCCAAUAUGAUAUAGAAGAUGAAGAGGAGGAAGAGCACGGUCGUUUCGCAGAUCGGAGGAACUGGCGCCAGGACCGAAGAAGCGUAGAUGAUGAGGAUGGGGAUAGUAUUGGCCGCGACGAGGAUGAAGAGUUUGGCGAUAUGCAAGGCGCUACUAUGGACACCACUCAUGGCUCUUCUUUUGCUCCUCCUGCUGCUACAAACGAGAACAGCAAUGAGCCACGUACACCAUUAUUCAAUAUCGCUGACGAUGAGGAAGAUAGCGACAACGAAGAGACCAAAGUUCCUACCGCCAUCACGCUCGACAUUAGUGAUGUUGAAGAAUUGGACAGCUUAAGAGAACUGCAUCAACAAGAAGAAGCCCGGCGCGUUGAAAUGGCAAAGAAGGUUGCACAACAAGGAGGCGACAAAGAAAAGGAUAACCUAUUCAAUCAAACCCUAAGUGAAACCAAAACCAAAAAAAAGGACACGGCUAUCGACACUGUAGCAUCGGCAGAAGCAUCUUCAAGUAGCCGCUUCGUGGCCAAGCGAAGACGUUUAGCCAACAGUUCUACAAGUCAACAACGCAGUGCCGACGCUCGGAAACGGUUGGGCAUUGACGACGACAGCAAACCACAACAACCAGGAAGCCGCCAACUUUAA